AUGAGAUGUCAAAGAAAGCUGCAGUGCAGAUGUUCCUUGCAGCCUUUCUUAGCUCCGGCUCUGGAUCGGAACUUGCCAAGUGUCAGGCUUCCCCCGCCCGUCUUUGCAGCCAUGGGGUGCAAGUCCUCCGUGCAAGUCGUCUCCUUUGACGAGCUGGGAGACAAGGGCAGCGGGACGAGCGAUUGUCCGGCAAAGGCGGCAUGCCGUGAAGCCAGCAAGUGUGCCAAAAAGCGGCCCUCACUGCAGGUAGCCACGCAACAGCUCGACCCCAUGCUGCCUCAUGCCCCUGACUUCAAGAAAGCCGGGCGAAAAGAGGAGGACUCGGAGGAUUUGGAGGGGAGCGAAGAGUGCGGAGUGGUUGAGGUCAAGGUCCCGGAGCACCUUCGGAACAUCCUCAAGGAGCGGGUCCUGGCGGGGUUCGUGGAGCCAUCCGCAGUCGAGAGCUCGUGGAACUUUCAGCAGGCAGAGGAUCGGCCGGCCGGUAUGCUUGGUCCGCCGGAUCGUGAGAUGCAUCUUGCGCACGUGAAAAGCCUCCACAGGUUUUUCAGAGUGAGCUGCAAGGUGCCAGGCUGGCUCCGGCUAGAGGUCGAUGGCAAAAGGAGGCGGGACGGCAUGGAGCCGACCCCCAUGAAGAGAUCCACCAAUGGCCGUGCUCGCACAACCGCACUGAAAGGCUUCAGUCUAGUUUAA